UUGCCAACCGUCAUUAAAAAUACAGAAGAAGCAGAAGCAGCAGUAGAAGACGGCGAAGAAGAAGGAUGAGGCACCUACUUCGUGUGUAGUACAUACAUUUAAUACAUCUGUGGGGUAACGUUUUUGUUGACAAUGUCUCGACUUAAAAGAGCGGAACAGGCGGACUCACUUUUGGGCUUCAGGAAGGAGAAGACAGAACCGACCGUUCCUUACGGUCUGCUGAAGGCAGCCAGGAAAAGCGGCCAGCUGAACCUGUCCGGCAGAGGGCUGACAGAAGUCCCUCAGAAUGUGUAUCGUCUAAACAUUGACACACCAGAGGAGGCCCAGCAGAAUGUGUCCUUUGGAGCAUCAGAUCGCUGGUGGGAACAGACUGACCUCACCAAACUGCUUCUCUCAUCCAAUCAGCUCACACAAAUAUCUGAUGACAUCAGGCUACUUCCUGGACUCAUUAUAUUGGAUCUCCAUGACAACCAGAUGAGCAGUUUACCUAAUGCUGUGGGAGAACUACAGGAGCUCCAACAACUGCGACUCAGUCAUAACCAGCUGACAUCAGUGCCAUUAGCGGUGUGCACUCUGAAGAAUCUCCGCAGCCUUACGAUACAGCAGAACCUGCUGGAGAGCCUGCCAGAGGACCUGGGGCACCUGGAGAACCUGACCGAGCUGGACCUGUCCAAGAACCGUCUGAAGGACCUGCCGUCCAGCCUGGGUCACCUCACUGCUCUGCAGAAACUGAACCUGUGUCACAACAAGCUCAGCUGUCUGCCUGACAGCCUGGCCCAGCUCACAAAAGUGAAGCUGCUGGACUGCAGCAAUAACCAGCUGACUGACAUUCCUGCCAACCUAUCAGAGAUGUUUGCUCUGGAGCAGCUCUACCUUAGACACAACAAGCUCCGCCUCCUUCCACAGCUUCCUGCACCUGCACUCAAGGAGUUGUAUGUGGGGAACAACCUGAUCGAGCAGUUGGAGACAGAGCAGCUCUCCUGCCUGACAGCCAUCUCUCUUCUAGAGCUCCGCGACAACAAGAUUAAAACCCUCCCUGAAGAGAUCACCUUACUGAGCACACUCACACGCCUCGACCUCACCAACAAUGACAUUUCCACUCUUCCAGCGUCUCUCAGCCUGCUGCCCAGUCUGAAGGUGUUACUACUGGAGGGAAACCCUCUGCGAGGAAUCAGCCGUGACCUGCUCUCUAAAGGAACCAGUGAGCUUUUGAAAUAUCUAAGGGGAAGAAUUAAAGAGGAGCCUGAGGGUGCAGAUAAAGAACCUACAGCUAUGACUUUACCCAGCCAGGCCAGGGUCAAUGUGCAUAACAUUAAAACUCUCAAGCUACUGGAAUAUAGUGAGAAGCAAGUGGGUUGUAUUCCAGAUGAGCUGUUUGAUGCUGCGGCAAGUCACAGCGUCACCAGUGUUAACUUCAGCAAGAACCAGCUGACCUCCAUACCUCCCAGGCUGGUUGAGUUCCACUCCUCGCUGUCAGACAUCAAUCUGGGUUUCAACAGACUGACCUGUUGUUCUCCUGACAUCUGCAAGUUACUGCAGCUUAAACACAUCGACCUCAGAAACAACCAGCUCAGUGACUUACCAUCUGAAAUGAAGAACUUAACUAAACUAUGCUCCAUUAUCCUGAAUUACAACAGGUUCAAGUCCGUUCCCGAAGUCCUCUAUCAGAUAGUUUCUUUGGAGACGGUGAUGCUUGGCAACAACCAGGUGGGUGGAGUGGAUCCUAGUCAUCUGAUGAAGUUGGAUCAUCUGUCAACAUUGGAUCUGUCAAACAAUGACCUGCUUAGCAUCCCCCCUGAACUGGGACUGUGUACCAGUCUCAGGUGUCUCAGUCUGGAGGGGAAUCCUUUCCGCACACCCAGAGCAGCAAUCCUAGCCAGAGGAACAGAUGCAGUGUUGGAGUACCUUCGCAGCCGCAUUCCUACAUGACCCUUGACCUCAGCUGAGGAUGCUCCAGCUCCAUUUUCAACAUAGUCGUCCUUUGAACUUGGUAAUUCAUCAGUUCUUCCUUUUACUGAUGUUGAUGAUUAAAUGCUUCAUCCAAAUCUUGUUUAUUAAGUAUACAGUUCACUCCAAAGUAAAAUUAGGGUAACAUCACACAGUCUGCUCUAAAACUCUACAGCUAUAAAACAGCUGCCAGUUUUUGUGUUUUCUGUCAAAUCUGUUUAUGAAUUAUAAAAGAGUUUCUUCCCUAUUAGUAGUCUUUGUCCCUUCAGUUUGGUGAAGUGACCUCUUUUCAUUACUCACCAUGUCCCAUUGAAACACACUGGAGGAUUGGCACGUCUCUUUCUUUAGUGACAUCCAUCUGUCCAUUAGCUAUAUAGCUUGUCCUGUGGAGGGUUGAGGUAGGGCUGGAGCAGAUCACAGCUGACAUUGGAUGAGAUGCGGGGUACACCUAGACAAUUCGCCAAUCUGUCAUAAAGCUGAAACAUUCACACUCGCAAGCUUUGUUCACUUGUUUUCCCCCUCUCAAUGACUCCGCUUUGAUCAUUACACUGAUGUGUGAACAAACCAAAAACCCCUGUCAGACCGUUCUCAACCAACAGUACGAUGCAUUGCUGCUACCUGCUGUGCUGGAGUGUAGACCAGAGUUGGCUGCCCCUAUUAAAAACAUUCACAAAAAGCACAUUCUAUUAAUAAGCAAAGAAUGUUUAUGAUGAACAAAUUAUUAUGAGCCAACUGGCUGAUGAUACAACCAUCAUCUUAAAGAUGUUGGAACUUCUUCUAGUCUUAUAUUUUCCAAAGCAUCAGUCUAACAGUCUUGGAAGGAUAUAUUGAACCAAUAUGGAUUCAUUAGCAAGAUGCAUUUACCCUGCAUACUUACUGAUCAUACCGAACAAGUUCAUUAAGGCCAUCACCCAGUUUAAUGUCAAUUUCAUCUGGACUAAUUGGACUCAUUACAUUAAGAACUCAAAUUUCAGACUACAAAGAUAGUGAUCCUACAACUGUUAGCUGUCCAGAUUUAAUACAAAAUCACCUGUACUCUAUAUGAAUAAGAAUUGUUUUAUUAAUUUGUUUUCUGUCCAGUCUUAUUUAAUAUCUCUAAUUGCUAAAAAAAA